AUGGGUCAUUCCCCACGAUUUACGUCGGAUGAGCAACGAUUCGUCCAACUGCAGGAGGAAUUGGCGAGAUGUCAACAACUUCUAGAGUCAGAGAAGGCUCAAAAUGGAGUUCUUAACCAUGAGCUUUCCAACAACAAGCAGACUAUAUCCUUACUCGAAAAGGACUUGCUGAAUCCAAGAUUGGCUGAGCGAUCUGCAUCGCGACAGAAUAAGUCGCGCCAGAAUGAGGAUCUCACAUACAUGAUCAAACACAUGGGUCGUUUGGUUCAUGAUGAAAUGGGCGUUGGACGAUUUGCAGGAUCAACCACGGGCAUUCAUUUUGUUUUAACGGUUGAACAGCAAUGUCAGAAAGUAUUGAAUCUGCCCACUGGCUUCCCCGAGAGCUGCUUUCGACUCUUCCUUGCUCAAACAUCCCCCAUAAGGCAGAAUUGGAUCACAGACAUGUCGGUAGGCGACAAAAGUGAAUUCCUCGGGUCUUUCAGCAAUUCGUUGUCAUAUUACCUUGACCAAGCCGAUCGUUUCAUCAAUGAGUGGGAAGCAUACUGCCCGGUUCUCGUGCGAAGGCAAUUGAUGUCAGAUAUUCGACAUACUAUGGAGACACUUCAUGGCUCACUCAAUUUUCAAGAACUUGAUCCCGCAAUGCUAUUGACGCUGACAGUGAUCCUGAUCAUCAACGAGCUUGACCUCGACAGUGGUCAGCAGACCUCCAGCCACUACCGCUAUCUACACAUGGCAGGUACAUUGAUUAAUGAUAUCAGAGCGCGUGGUGAUAUAAAAGGCUUACAAGCUUUGGCCCUUUGUAGCCUCUAUUAUCAAUUAAGCGGUGAUUGUCUUGGAAUGACAAGAAUAAACGGCAUAAUGGUGAGUCUUGCGCAAUCGCUAGGUCUUCACCGUCAUUCUAGACGUUUCAAAAUGAAGCCAUGUGAAAUAGAACUUCGAAAGAGGUUGUGGUGGUGGAUCUAUUCGUUCGACAGCGUCACCUCCUUGAUUCAUGGACUCCCAAGCCUUAUCAAUGAUGUCGAUGUUGAUUGUGAUAUGCCUACGGAUUGCCAUAUGGAUGACCUGGAUGCUGCAGAACCCUCUCAUCCUCUACCCGGAGAACGAACUGCUGUCUUUCUGUUUAUUCAAUAUGUAGCACUUGGAAAAAUUCUUUCCCGGAUCCGCGAAAUGCUUUAUACAACUACGCAACGGCGAAACGGUGCCACCAAAAUCAACGACUUGACAAUGGAUCUAAGGAUGUGGAACCAAAAUCUGAAAAUGACUGGGAUCAUUUUCGAUAUUGGAACCAUCCCAUCGCCGUUUCUCAGCAAUGAAUCUGCAGAUGACACCGAAAGAACAGUGCUCUGGCUUCAGUUGCUAGCAAAUAUCGCAAUGGUGUUGAUAAAUCGGCCAGGGCUGUCUUUUGACGACACCACCGUGGAGUUUGCUAACUGUCUUCGAGCAUGCGUCGCAUCUAGCACGGUUAAUCUAUUGCUACUCAAAGAGAUCCAAGCUCCAAAUUGGCUCCGAAACCCGAGUCUAAAGGGUGUCCAGCUCUCGAAGCUAGCAUGGACAUGA